ACAAGAUACAAUUAUUAGAGAAAAAGCGGGGGAAAAAGAGUAUCUACAUCUUAAUAUGUGUACACGCUGAACGCAUUUUUCAUACUUUCAUUAAAGCGCAUGCACUUGCAUCUUGCACCGACCUAUGAGCACAAAAGGACGUCUCAUGGUGGUGUGCGUUGUACAUCAAGAUGUUUGCUGUUCAUCUUAUUUCCUUCUACUUCUCCAAACUCCACGAGGACCCCACAAAGAAGGUGGACAGGUUUCUGUACGCAAUGUGUCUCCAUGACGACCAGCUACGAGACAUCUCGGCUCGUUUCAAGGCUGAAAUGAAGAAGGGGCUUUCAGCAGAAAGCAAUGCUGUUGCAGCAGUGAAGAUGCUGCCGACACAUGUCCGCUCCACUCCUGAUGGAUCAGAGAAAGGACAGUUUCUGGCAUUGGAUCUUGGAGGCUCCAAGUUUAAGGUGCUCCAAGUUAAAGUGAGAGAGGGAAUGGGGAUUAGGAAGGGAGGAGUGGAGAUAGAGGAGAAGACUUUCACGAUACCGGAGGAGCUACGCAUGGGGAGAGCAGUGGAGUUAUUCGACCAUGUGUCAGAGUCUCUAAAGGACGUCCUGGUUGAGAAGAACAUCAGUUUGGAGAAGAAACAUCCUCUGGCCUUCACUUUUUCUUUCCCCUGUGAACAGUCCACCCUGGAUCAGGGAUUAUUGUUAAGCUGGAGUAAGAACUACCGGGCUCGAGGCCUCCAGGGGAAGGAUGUGGUCCAGGCCCUCAGAGAUGCUAUUGACAGAACUGGGGGAAUGGAUAUAGAGGUGUUAGCUAUGGUUAAUGACACUGUAGCGACCAUGAUGACCUGUGGUUUUGAUGACAAGUACUGUGAAGUGGGACUCAUCAUUGGCACAGGCACCAAUGCGUGCUACAUGGAGGAGCUUCGUCACGUUGACCUGGUGGAGGGAGACGAGGGCAGGAUGUGUGUGAACACUGAGUGGGGAGCCUUCGGAGAUGAUGGGGCUCUGAAGGAUUACAUCACUGAGUUUGACAGGGAUAUCGAUGCAGCCUCCAUCAACCCUGGGAAACAAAUCUUUGAGAAGAUGGUCAGUGGGAUGUAUCUGGGUGAGUUGGUGAGGCUGGUUGUGUUAAAGAUGACUAAAAUGGGACAGCUGUUUGACGGACGUGUGUCUGACGCCCUGAGGACCAAAGGAAAAAUAACUACUGCACAUGUGGCAGCAAUGGAGGAGUACAAAAAUGGCCUGAAGAACACCAGAGACAUUCUCACAGGCCUUGACCUGAACCCUUCACAUGAUGACUGCACUGCUGUUCAGCGUGUCAGCACCAUUGUGUCCUUCAGGUCCUCAAAUCUAGUGGCUGCAGGACUGGCUGCCAUCUUGACUAGAAUAAAGCAAAACCGGAAUUUGAGGACAUUAAGGAUCACUGUAGGUGUGGAUGGGACAGUGUACAAGACCCACCCACAGUAUCCUAAACGUCUCCAUAAAGUUGUGCGCCGUUUGCUUCCUGAGUGCCAUGUCAGAUUCAUCUUGUCAGACAGCGGCAGCAGCAAAGGAGCUGCCUUAGUAACAGCAGUCGCCCGACGACUGGCAUCACAGAAGCGAAAGUUGGAUGAGUCACUGUCUCCCCUCAGUCUGAGCCACGAGCAGCUCCAGCUGGUGAAGGCCAGGAUGAGGGCGGGGCUGGAGGCAGGGCUGAAGAGAAAAGGCCCCACUGCAAUUAAGAUGUUGCCUUCCUUUGUGUACCGUACACCUGAUGGCACAGAGCAUGGAAAAUACAUCGCCCUGGAUCUGGGAGGAACCAACUUCAGAGCGUUGCUGGUGAACCUUAAAAAAGGUCUACAACAGAACUCACAAGUCUACCAUAAGAUCUACACCAUACCACAGGAGAUAAUGCAGGGAACUGGAGAAGAGUUGUUUGAUAACAUCGCAGAGUUUAUUAGUGACUUCCUGGACUACAUGGGGAUGAAAAAGGCUCAUCUUCCCGCGGGCUUCACCUUCUCUUUCCCCUGCGAGCAGACGGCCAUUGACACGGGCACACUGGUGAGCUGGACCAAGGGCUUCAAGGCCACCAACUGUGAGGGACAUGAUGUUGUUACCAUGCUGCGGGAGGCCAUCAAGAGACGCAAUGAGUUUGACUUGGAUAUAGCAGCUGUAGUCAAUGACACAGUUGGGACCAUGAUGAGCUGCGCCUAUGAAGACCCUCUGUGUGAAAUUGGAAUGAUUGCUGGAACUGGCACUAAUGUUUGUUACAUGGAGGAACUGAAGAACAUUGAGAAAACUGAACAAAAGAAAGGACAAAUGGAAAGAGGAGAGGGGAUGCCUGAAGGAGAGGGGGAUAAGGAGGACGAUGGGACGGAGGGAGAUGCCGAGACACAAAAGAUGUGUAUAAACACAGAGUGGGGAGGUCUGGGUGAUGAUGGCUCUCUGGAUGAUAUCAUCACAUUUUAUGAUGUUGAAGUUGACCAAAACUCACUGAACCCUGGAAAACAAAGGUUUGAAAAGCUGACCAGCGGGAUGUACUUAGGUGAAGUUGUCCGCAAAGUUUUACUGGAUUUAACCAGAGGAGGUUUGCUGUUCAGAGGACACGUCACUGAAACUUUAAAAACACCUGGAAUAUUCGAAACCAAAUACCUGUCGGAAAUAGAGAGUGACCGCCUGGCUCUACUGCAGGUCAGAUCUAUUCUCCAGGGCCUGGGGCUCGACAGCACCUGUGAUGACAGCAUCAUUGUAAAACAGGUAUGUGGAGCAGUGUCACGUCGUGCAGCUCAGCUGUGUGGGGCAGGAAUGGCGGCCGUGGUCGAUAAGAUCAGAGAGAACCGAGGACUGGACCAUCUCAACAUCACUGUAGGGGUAGAUGGGGCACUCUACAAACUACAUCCACAUUUCUCUGGAGUCCUCCAAGAGACUGCCAGAGUUUUGGCUCCCCAGUGUAACGUGACCUUCCUCCCAUCAGAGGAGGGCAGCGGGAAGGGUGCCGCCCUCAUCACAGCUGUGGUCAGGCAGAAGGAGGAGAUGUAACUUGACACGACUGAAAAAAUGAUGUAUCAAAGUUUGUUUUGUUUUGUUUUGUUUUUUCUAACUUUUUGUCAUUUUUCUUGCAACUGGAGUGUAAGAUUGUGCACUGUGCACUGGUACUCAUGUCACUGCUAACGUCCUCUGUUGGUCUGGGAGAACUUCAGACUGUUAUUUGUUGUCUCUGAAACAAAUAGAUUCACCAGCCACUACUUUUGUCCUGACAACAAGGAGCUUCGCAUGCAGGUUCUCAAUCCCUAACAGGCUUCCCACCAGCAAACACAACUAUUUGUGCUAUCGUGCAAAGACGGAAGUACUGAUGCCAGAGAUUUAGAUUUUUGUCCCUUAAAAUGUUUAAAGAAGCAGAUUUCAAUUACUGGAUUUUUACAAAAUCACAAUAAAACUUGUUAACCUGCUUCUCUGUUCAGAGAAAACGUUGUUGGCUCUGUAUCAGAGAUGAACUACACAAUUCCAAAUUUCAAUAUAAAUGUAUGACUGGCAUAGCAAAUAUAUUUGGUUCUUCAUCCAUGUUUGAUACUUGACGGCGUUAAACCAAAGCUUUUCACUUUCUAAUCAUUAACAAGUCAGCCGCGGGAUAAGUGUCACCCACAGCUGCAUGGUCACAUGCUAAUGUUAGCCAUGCACUGAUUACACUCCUGCCUCUGAUAUCAGAGCUGAGUACUUAGUAAGUAAGAAAGUAAGGGAGUAAGACAGGCUUCAGUUGUCAAAAUGUGAUCAUACUGUACUUAUGUUGUAACUCUAUGAAGAUAAGAACUGAACAGUCUCUUCCCUUCUGUUCAAAUACUCACACAUUGCAAUGUGUUCUCCUUCGCGGAAUGUGCUUGUAAUCCUCCUGUGUGUCCACCAAUGCUGCCGUGUUUGAAGUUUUUAUGUUCAGCUUUUACACUGCAGUAAUUUGUAUCAGUGAUUUGGUUAAUAAGUUCUUCACUUCUUUGAACCAGAUGAAAAUAAUUAAUUUUUUUUUUUAAUAUUUGAUGUCAAUCUAUUUAGAAAAUGUGGUACAUGUUGUAUAAAUGAGAGACAAAGAGAAGGUGUGUGUGUGUGUGUGUGUGUGUGUGUUAGUCAGCAGUACUUCAGUAUUGAUGAAGGGCAGGAGGAGGAUAGGAAUGCCGCUGACCACAUUUCCCAACAAUAAAAACAACUAAUGCUCUGUUCAGUCAUUCUGGACUGACCCCGUGUCCUUGUGAUCGCCUGUCUGUCUGUCUGUCUGUCUCUCUGCUCUCUGUCUUAGCAUCUGUGCCAUUUUGGUCAUUCGGUCUGUGUCCUUUAUCUGGCUGGCUGGAUCCUUGCCCAUCUGCCUAUGUCUUUAUCUGUCGAUCUGCUUGGCACAUUCUAAAAUAACAGUACAGGCGAGUUUCAGACAUUCAUUCUGUUACAAG